AUGUCCCGUGUUUUCUCUAAACCGCAGGAUGAUCCCGAGCGUGGAGUCGGCCUUUCCACGUGGAGGCGCGGGCACCUUGUUGCGGCCAUUCGACGCGCGGGUCUUCCACGGGAGUUCUCGGCCGCGGUGUACGAGAACGCGCACAUCCGGACCUGCGAGCUGCCAUACCGCACCUCCAACCAUCGCCAGCCUGCGCAAGCCAUCGCCGCACACAACAUUCGCUCGUCUGCGCUGAGCCAGCUUGCAUCGACCCUCCCUGCGCGGAGGCAGAACCAGACGGCGCUGCUUCGGGCGAUUGCGGCGGGUACUCCGCAACUAACCCGGGCCCGCAAGUCGCUGACCGACCGUCCCUCGGGCGAGAGCGAAGCGGCUUGUGUCUUCGAUCAGAUCAACCAGGCUGUGGGCGGCCUGCUCAUGUACUACGACACUGUCAUGCGCAACGCCGGCCUGAGGCCGUUCCCGGCCUAG